AUGUCCGGCAUGAAGCGAAGAUAUGACUACGAAGAAGAAGAUGGCUACCGUGACUUUCGGCCACGCUACUCGAAGCGGCAAAGACUGCCACCUGUGGUCCAGCUUUGCAAAGAUAUGCUACCCGACAUCAGAACGAUCGGUGAGUCGGUCAAGGCCUUCGAGGAGGAUAUUAAAUUUCUAAGCGAAGCUAUUAUCAACGAAUUCGGCAACGACGAAUACUUCAACAACGCUCUUCUGUCCACAUUCAACGCGCUAAUCUUAGAGCAGCCCCAUAAACAGCCAGCGAUUGCGCUUUUGACCAUAGUGGUCAACUCAGGUAACCCAGCUGCCGGGAAAAGCGUGAUAAACUACUUUUAUGAAAAGCUACAACACUUGCUCGAUAUGACUGUUGUAGAUGACUUCGAGGUCACAUCAAAUGAAACAGGGCCAUGGAACAAGAUAAAACUAACACUAAGAUUUCUUUCCUUGUUAUCCCCAGUGAUUACGUUAACGGAGCUUACCAACGUAUAUCAGCGGUUAUUCGAACUAGCUGUGCAGUUGAACAGGAGCAGCGAUGCUAACACAAGGAACCCGCUUUCAGAAGCUAUUUAUACCAACACUUUGUUGAAUAUUCCUUAUUUGUUUUUCUUCAACAAGGAAGAUGAAACGUUGAGAACAAAUGUGGAAGAUUUGAUUCAAUAUGCCGAGUCAAACUAUGAGGUGAAGACCGUUGACCUAUCUCUCACCAAAGAAUACAACAAAAACUUACCCUAUGAGCCUGUUCAAUGGGUUCAGAUUGUCUUAUCCAACGUCAAGAACGCUUUGGCCAACGAUAUGGAGGAGCUAAAGAACUUAUUCCCAGACUAUCAAAAUUUACUUCCUACGUCCAUAGAACAGCAAAUGUUCAACGAUCCUUUAACUAUUCCUGAGUUCGAGAAAUUAUUGCCAUUCAGCGGUUUAGAUAAGGGAUUGGGAUCGGUGGACAGUAUGUGGAAGACCCCAAGAACAGCAUUCCAAGUAUAUUUACCCAAUGUUGUUGGUGAUUUCUCCACUGUUGUUCCGAUUACCACCUAUACAGGAAUGUUAUUCGAUGAUAUUAUUGUUGACAUCGUUGAAAGCUUGGAAUUCAACAGACAUGAAGUUGCACGGCAGGUGGUAACAUUGGAUUUAUACUUCAAACCCGGUAUCUUCACGGAACCAGGGUUAUCCAUUGCGCAAUUGUUAGUACAACACAAUGAAAUGCCCGAACUGUCAACCUACAAAAUCGAAGAUUUGGCUAUUGAAAAUAUUUUGGGGUUGAUUUUCAAGUUACCCACCGUUACGCAAUCCUUCGCGUACUUUUACACGCUAUUGGUGGAAAUCUGCCAAAACUCACCAAAAGCAAUUGCUCCAGUAUUCGGGAGAGCUUUCAGAUUAUUCUAUAACAAUUUGGACAACAUGGAUCAUGAAUUGAAAAUGAGAUACUUGGAUUGGUUCUCUAUUCAAAUGAGUAAUUUCAAUUUCUCAUGGAAGUGGAAUGAAUGGGAGCAGGAUUCAAUCGCCUUUUCUAAAUCUUUCUACAACCCGAAGAUUACAUUUGCCAAAAACUUGAUCAGAAAGGAACUACGGUUGACAUCUAACCGGCCUGAUGUUGAAGAUAGUUUGACCCCUGAAUUCAAACAAUAUUUGGAUGCUUCCUAUAUUUCUAAAGACCAGUUAGCAUCGUACUAUCAAUCUUUCUUUGAGGGUUUCAGCUUUGAUCCUGAGGUCAUAAAGGAUAAUGAUUUGUUGUUUAAGAACGAGGUUUUCCCCUUCCACGAGAAGGUACAACUUAUUUUGGAUUAUAUUCACAAACAACCGUUAGAAAAGAAUAUAUCAGAAUUAGAAUCAUUAUUGGAGGAUAUCAAAUCUGCUCAUGGCGAUAAGAUUCCCGACUUUAAUAGAUUUACGGUGACGCUAUUGAUCCAGGCUUUGGUUUACUCUGGUAACAGGUCCUUGUCGCAUGCGAAUAAGUAUAUCUCAGACGCGAAAUCCGAUCUAGUUACUAUCUUGGAGAAAAUGGAAGUCCCUCCAGAAGUUAAAGAGCAGUGGAUUAUCGAAGCCGUUAUCAGAUACUGGAACUGUAACUCUCAGAAUGGUUUCUUAAUUGUUGACUCUUUUAAACAUAGCGAAUUGGUCACUGCAAAGUCCAUUUUGACCUUCUCGUUGACCGACCUGAAUGGGCAGAAUUUGGGGUUGGUGGAUGCAACUUCGAUAGAAUCCACAUUUAGGACAUUAACAGAGCUAGCCCUACAACAAGCCAGUGAUAUCAGUGUGUUUGAAUUUGUAUUCGAGCGUUUGUUGGAGAUUAUAAACGACACUGUUUCCCAACUAGGUACGAAUGAGGAGAUAGUGGCACCAAGUGUUGAUAAUGAGACAAUGCUCGAUGUGGAUGAAUUGGCUCGCCUAGACCUAAUUUGGAAGUAUGAAAGCGCAGUUGGCUUCAUCAAGAGUAUCCUAAGAAAGUACUCUGAUGAGUAUUCUGUACUGUUGGACAAAUUCAGCGCAGGUCUUGAGCAGGCUGUGCCGCAUGAACCAACCAGAAAGCAAUUGGAUCAGUGGUUUAAUGAAAUUCGCGAGUUAUGA